CUUAUGCGUUGCGGUAUGAUGUUUCGUGAUCUUGCAAUCUGCUUUACUUGUGUACCCUUUUACUAUACCUUUACUCACCCUUCUAACUCUUAUGUCAGUGUUAACGCGUUGAAUUGAUUUUUGACUGAAAUGGAUCGCGUCGUCUUUAACGUGCUGCUUUAUCUGUGUUCAGUAUUUUUUCUCUACCCACUUUGCAAAUAACAAAGGACUCCACUAGCUUUUCAAUUAAAAUAUCAUUUCUAAAUAAAAACAAUUCCACAGAAUUCAAUAGUAAAUAGCUCUUGUUAUCUUUGAUUCGUACAAAUGCGAUCACGUUUAGACACACGGAGAGCAAUCGAUUAGGACGCACGGAGAGCAAUCGAUCAGGCAUGAAACACACACGAUAGUGUAGAGACCAAAUUAGUGAUAAGAGGGAAUUUGUCGAAUCUUCGCAACGCGAAUAUUCCAAUCAACUGCAAGAAAGGUUGUAAGGGAAAAUACUAGAAGCAACAGUUCCCGCAAUUUUGUACAUUACCGAAGAGUUAGACGUUUCCCCUAGUACCUAAGGCAAGGCCAGUAAACGCAUUUCGAAUCGUCCUCCUUUGUCUGUCGAAUAUAGAACUCAGCACUAACCUAGAUCGUUCUUGCUUACAUGACCAUUUAUCAUAUGGCGAUGCUGCCAAUUUGAAGAGAAAACAGCCAUGGGAUUAGGAUAUUUUAGAAUAGAAAAUUGAUGCUAUAGCAUAGAAUUUAUUUGAAAAAAAAAAACAGAAAUCAGUAUUUUAACAACAUAGGCGUAUGCCUAAGCGCUUUGUGGUGUUCAGAGUACUCACGCGUACAGUAGGAAAUACUUUCUUCACAUCCUACCAGCCCUAGUGAUUCGGAACAUGCUAGAGCGAUCUGUAGCUACAUAACACAGUACAAACUCAAAUUUUUCACUCAACUAUAACAUGCAGGGCCUCCUCUCUAGUGAAUGCGGCAGUAUAAGAGUAGCAAUGAAGUAAGUAAUAAAAUAUGGCCUCUCUGUUGAGCACAGUAAAGAAUAUGCUGACUUAUUUCUUUAUCAAUAACAAUUCUCAUCAUAUCCAUGACAUGACAUAAUCAGUAGAAAUCAUUUAGAAAGACGAUCUUGAAAUGUAACAAGCAACGUAAUAAGCAACACAGCAUCUGAACAACGCAGAUCGCAUUUACAGUUAAAAUUUGGAUUAUUCCUUAGGCUUCCACAGCAAACGCCGCAACACAAACGCAUUUAGAAUGAUCCAUAUGUAGAUUCCCUAUGAAAUUAACCAAAUCCCAAAUGUCUUCCCACAAAUGUUAUCUUAGUUGAUGUUCACUGCUUACCUAGCGUGUCUAUAGUUUUAGAACUGUGUGGUUAACCCAAACUGGUCUAGCUCCUCAUGUAUUCUAUUGUGUGAUUUUUCCUAAUCCUAGAUAAAUCCUGCCCAUUUAGCGUCAUGUCUUGAAUUAUUUUGGCGAGGUUUCCAAGUGUUGCGUGUGUAGGCAAGCUGAAAGCAAACCGUAGUCUAGAAGGUGCUUGCGAUCCGAAGUGAUCCUGUUUUAAUCUUCUAUCCGUCUUGUAUCUU